CUCAAUUCACAUUCAUCUUCAACGACAGUCUCGUCCACCCGGUCGGCAUCCUCUCGCUAUUGUUAUAGUAGUACCAAGUCGCCAUUUGCCCUCGUUUACGGCGGUCUUGCAUGGUUAGCAGUGUCUUUCGCUCAAAUCACCCGAUUCAGUUGCGUCCGCUCCGCCUUGUUGCCCCCUGCCAAUGUCAAUGGGCUUGUUCCCUUUUGCAAUCACGACGUGAUGCGCUGCUCUAGGUCGCUUCGCAUAUUGCAUCCGUUCCUGAUAACCUACGGCUGUCUCUUGGUCGGCGUCCUUCUUCCACAGCCUUGCUCCGCCGCAGAUACGCAACCUAAACCGAUUGUCGCGACCACGAGCUCCGAUUUUCUUGGUUACGAUGGCGCUUGGUCUGCAGUGAGCCUUCGUGUUGGGACGCCAGAGCAGUGGCUGUACGUUCUCCCAAGCACACUUAGUCAAGAGACCUGGGUAAUUGGCCCGGCAGGAUGCGAUGGAACUUCAACUUGUCAGAACAAAAGAGGAGGCUUGUUUUCCGCAAAUAUGUCGUCGACUUUCGAACCGAAAGGUUUCUUUGAACUCAACUUUGACCCGUCACUGAGCGACGACGGCUCUGGCUAUUAUGGCCUCGAUACAAUUGCUCUCGACGAUGUUACAUCAGUUCCCAAUCAGAUUGUUGCCCUGGUCAAUUCGACGGACCAGUGGAUUGGGAGUCUAGGCCUCGGGGUACAGCAGACUCGUUUUACUGGAGAUCAAAACAAUCUGCCCUUUUUAUCAAGCCUCGUUCAAAAUGGGAGCUACGUUCCUAGCCACAGCUAUGGGUACACAGCAGGAGCUUCGUACCGACUCAAAGGCGUCCCUGCUUCCCUAACGCUAGGAGGCAUUGAUGCGAAUCGCUUCGUGCCCAAUGAUGUGACUUUCACCCUGAGCUCCGACUACGCUCCUGUGGUCGCUAUCAACGAGAUAUCCGUCUCUUCUUCUGCAUCCAACGGCGAAUCGUUACCUUCUAAUUGGAACUCAAAUCCUCAACAGCUACUCGACACUACCCAGACCAAUUCGAAUUUAUUUACGAUUGAUACAUCUACUCCUUUUCUGUGGCUCCCCGAAGCAGCUUGCGAUGCUUUCGCAAACGCCCUGAACUUAACAUACAAUGACACUCUUCAACUUUACCUAUUUCCCAGCGACAAUUCUUCAUCUCCUGACAUAUUGACAAGCUGGAACCUGAACUUCACCUUUGCUCUCAGCAACCUACCUGGAUCCUCUAAGGAGAUCAAGCUCACACUUCCGUAUGAUGCUUUCAACCUUCAGUUAUCAUACCCAUUCCCAAAUCUGGACGCAGAUUUCACAUCGCCCCCAACCAAUUACUUUCCUCUACGAAAAGCAGCGAACGCAACCCAAUACACUAUUGGGCGAGCUUUCCUGCAAGAAACAUACCUGACCGUUGACUACGAGCGCAACAAUUUCUCUCUAUCACAGGCUGUUUUAACGCUAGAUGCAGUCAACAAUGUGAACCUAAUGGCCAUUACUCGGCCCAACGACAGCAUAUUUCCUGGACCCCAGAUACCUGGCCAUUCUGGUCUUUCCAGUGGCGCAGCUGCAGGCGUUGGCGUAGGCAGCGCUGUGGGUGUAUUGCUGGCCGCAGGACUGGUCUGGAUGCUAUGCUUCAGAAAAAAGCGCUCCACUGACGCUGGUAGCCUCGAAAAACCCAAGAGGCGGAGUCUGUUCGCCCGCUUACAUCUGGUACCAGAGUCCAGGACCUCGGUCUCUGAACUUCUGGGCGACAAGCGCCAACCUACCGAGGUUCCUGCCGAUGCCUCUGCUGCUCGAUUUGAACUCUCGGGUAGCACACCGAUCGAGAUGCCAGCGGCGCCGGUAUCUCCACGAUACUUCGCAACCAGUGCAGAAGAGGGUCAGAGAGGGUCCACCUUUGUGAGAAAUGAUCCUCGAAGGCCUGCAGAGCUUGAGCACCGUGCUUCCAUGACAAAAGCAGCAGAGGCAGCCGUCACCGAGAGGUCAAGCUCUCCCGUACCACCGUAUUCUCCCGCAGAGAUCCAUGAGACUCGUUUCAGCACUAGUAUCAGCCCCAACAGCCUCCGGAAUAGUCGCGCUUUUGGCACUGUGUCAUCUGAAGAACCGGGGAUCAGUCCGAUUGGCGUGAGCAGCGAUGGACAUUCCAGGCAGUCCAGCAAUAGCAACGCCAGGUCUGUUCCCAGUCCCGUAUCGCCAGAAGUAACAUCCAGACCUCCUCGCCAUGCUCUGAGUGACUCGACCGAACCCCCUUCGGCCAACAACAAUCAUGGGAGCUUGAGGGUGCCGUCACUGAAUGGACGCCCACCCUCCCGCUCACCAAGCACCGGAAGCAGAUUUGUCGAGGAAGGCUUGAGCACAGUGGCAGAGGAGCGAGGUGCAAGUCCCCCAGUUGGGCGUCACAGUCCGAGAUUCAGCUGGGAGCAGUAAUUCCUGCUAGACAGGCCGCAAGCUGUGCUGUUUGAUGAUCUAAUGAUGUGUGAUGCCUGUAAUGAUUUGGAUAAGACCAAAAAAGGAUUGGAUGACUGGAAAAUGUGGAUGUUAUACAUUCAUGUGUUGUAAACGGGAGUGGGCUUGAUGCCUACCAGUGUGACUUAUAUCUGUGUAUUGUUCAGUGUCUAUGGCUUUUUUAGACCAGCUUCAUUGUUGCACUCGGAACGCUGUAGUGACG